AUGGACGAAAAGAAGAACCGUCUUGGAUUCCAAAGUCAACACGGGAUUCAGUCUCCCACAAACUCUUCCGUCCUUCCUCCACCUCAAGGUCAAGCCGUUCAACCGUUACUUUCAGGUGUGGACAACGGCGUUCUCGGAAGAAAUCCUAGCCGACCCUUAACGAACUCUAAGCGGGCCGCUCAGAACAGGGCUGCUCAGAGAGCUUUCCGUCAACGUAAGGAUAGGUAUAUCAAGGAUCUAGAGGCGAAAGCAAAGGACUUGGAUGCGGUCAAAAAGCAGUUGGAGACCCUGCAAAAAGAAAAUGAUGCAUUACAACAGACCAUUCGUAGAUUAGAAGCCGAAAAUGCAAAGUUGAAGGGAGAAGAUAUCAGCGAUGAUGAAGGACGCCAAGUCUUUGGUGGAAAUAAUUCUAAUGGUGCUGGUUCAUCCAAUUCAAAUUAUUCGCAUUACGGAAAUUCUACCCGAGAUGACGACGACUCGCAGGUCCUGGGUGAUGAACCCUGGCUAAGACACAAAGAUUCCGGUCGUAAGAGUGGCUUUGGAGUGAACGAUGACCGGAACGGUUCGUUUUUCUCUGCCGGUUCCUCUUCGUCUACUUUGUCCUUGAGUCGCCCCGGUUCCGAACAUUCGCAAAGAUUGGUCUUGACCCCUGGUCCCAACACCGAUUCGUCGGUUGACCCUUGCUUUAGACCCGACUACCGAAAUACAAAUUCUCACUCGAGUCCUUCACCCCCUUCAUCCUCGUCCUCGGACCGUAACAGCCGAACCUACCAGCACAACAAUAGCAAUAACGGGAGACCCGGCUACCCGAACAACGAAGAAGAUUCAGAUCGCGUCUAUGAUGACCUGUGUGAACUGAUGAAGACCCGGUCUCGGCCCGAUUUGCCUCACAACAUAAGUCUCUGGCAACCCCAGCACUCUCCCACUCAACAAAAUGUCGUGUCUAACGGAAGUAGCACCGUGGCAGG